AAGGAAUGAAAAUGUGAAGAAAAUCCGAAUCUUUCUCUACAUGAACGUAUGUAUAUUAAGGGUUCUAAUCAAAUAAUUCUGCUUAAUUUUGAUAGUUUUAUGGGUAGUAGAACCCAACUUAGAUCCCACUGUUCUUGUCUAUUAGCCGGUUAUCAUUCCAAAAAACCAUUUAACCCUCUCUCCAUUGCAACAGCACUGAAAGAUUCUAACUGAAGUUGAUUUUUGUAGUGAUCGUGUACUUGAACUUCUGAAUUCAAAACUUUAUUUUCAAAUGUCCUCAAAAUUUUCUCUCCAUAUUCGUAUCUUCAUUUUUGUAGUGAUGACAACAGGUAGUUUAGGGGCAACAUUUACCUUGAUAAAUCGGUGUGAUUACGUAGUAUGGCCUGGAAUACUAGCCAAUGCGGGCUGCUCCAGAUUGGAUAGCACUGGAUUUGAACUUCCGCAGGGCGGCACGCGGUCAUUUCAAGCUCCGCCGGGCUGGUCGGGGAGGUUUUGGGGUAGAACCGGCUGUUUUUUCGACGGAAUAACCGGGCAAGGAAGUUGCGCCACCGGCGAUUGUGGGUCCAACCAGGUGGAGUGCAAUGGUGCCGGAGCAAACCCACCAGCAACCCUAGCUGAAUUCACAGUCGGGUCAGGUUCCAGUUCGGGUCUUCAGGACUUCUACGAUGUUAGCCUUGUGGAUGGCUACAAUUUGCCAAUGAUUGUCGAUGCAAGUGGCGGGUCGGGUUCCUGUGCUUCAACGGGUUGCGUGACCGACUUGAAUCGCAUGUGCCCGAAUGAGCUGCGGGCAGAAGAUGGAAAAGCAUGCAAGAGCGCGUGUGAAGCGUUUGGGAAUCCGGAAUAUUGUUGCAGCGGCGCGUAUGGUACUCCCGCCGCCUGUAGGCCUUCUGUUUAUUCCGAGAUUUUUAAAACCGCGUGCCCGAAAUCGUAUAGCUAUGCUUACGAUGAUGCUACAAGUACAUUUACAUGUAGUGGAGCAGAUUAUACGAUUACAUUUUGCCCUUCAACAACAAGUCAGAAAUCUUCAAGGGAUUCUUCAUCACCAGCCACCCCAGGGACAACAGACGAGCCACCAUUGACUACAGGAACAGUAGAUGGUUCGGGUUCACAAGAUAACCUGCCCGCAUGGCUACCAAAUUUUGUCAUAGGUGGUUCAUCGAAAACCAUUUCGAAUUCUGGCUUGCACUUUACUUCAGUUGCUUCUGCAGCAACCUUCUUGAUGCUAUAUAUUCUUCAACUAUAGAUUCAAACAUCCUUUUCUUGAAUUUAAUUACAAGCAAGGACAAGCAUAUUCUGAAAUACAGUUAUCAAGUGCAUGUAGAUAAAAGCUGAAAUUCUUGUUGUUCGGUUGAGUAAGGGAAAUUUCAUUAAGUUCAUACUAUCAAAGUGCAAAUGUCGACAACAAGGGCAAAGGCAACACUCUUGGAUCCAGAUCAUUUCAUUUAUGACCAGAUGGUAUUGUAAAACGCGAUAAAAGUCGCAUUUUAGUCAAUGAAGUGUAGCUUUCUCUCCAUUCUAGAUUAUUAGAAUCCAAUCAAUGUUAUUGUCAAUAAUAAUGUUAUUCAUCACCAAUUUAAGUGGCAGUUGCAUGACAUUAAAUGAUAUAUUGACUUAAAUGUAAUGUCACGUCAUUCUUUUAGUUGAAUCUAUCGAAGUCGGCCAUCUAAAUUGGAGCUCUAGUCUCUAGUACUAUUGGUGCUAGAUAACAUUAUUAUAUUAUUAGAUGCAUGGUGUUGAUUUUAUUA